AUGCUGCACAAAUAUCUUCUUCUGCCGCUUUUGGCGUCAUAUGGUGCUGCGGUCACUAUAUCUGUGGCAAAAUCUGGAGGCAAUGCUACAUCAGGUCUGCAAUAUGGUGCGAUGGAAGAGGAAAUCAACCACUGUGGCGAAGGAGGUCUCUAUGCUGAAUUGAUCCGAAACAGAGCAUUCCAAGGAAGUCCAAAGUUCCCUUCGUCACUGGACGCCUGGUCUGUUGUUGGGGAUUCAUCGCUGUCCCUUAAGAACCUCACUGACCCACUUUCUACUGCCCUUCCAACUUCAGUCAAUGUCAAGGGUACUGGCACAGCUGGGUUGACUAAUGCGGGUUUCUGGGGAAUUGACGUCCGUCCUCAGAAGUAUACCGGAUCAUUCUAUGUGAAAGGUUCUUACUCGGGCUCCUUCACGGCUUCUCUCCUCUCUUCCAGCGGCGAAGCUUUGGCCACUACCAAGGUUGCCUCAAAGAGUGUUGCAGACGACUGGGUUCAGCAUGAGUUUGUUCUGACUCCCAAAGCAAAGGCUUCCGAUACCAAGAAUACGUUCUCGCUGACCUUCGAUGGCUCGAGUGCAUCAAAUGGCUCGCUUGAUUUCAAUCUGAUCAGCUUAUUCCCACCCACAUGGAAUGAUCGCCCCAAUGGCAUGCGGAAAGAUUUGAUGCAAGCCAUGGCUGAUAUGGGUCCUAAAUUCCUCCGCUUCCCUGGUGGGAAUAACCUCGAGGGUGACAGCAUCGACGGACGCUGGAAGUGGAACGAGACCAUUGGACCACUCACAGACCGACCUGGUCGUGCAACCACUUGGCAAUACCAAGAGACCCUUGGAUUAGGCUUGGUUGAGUAUAUGGAAUGGUGCGACGAUCUUGGAAUGGAGCCCAUCCUGGCGGUUUGGGCUGGACUCGCUCUUAACGGAGAAGUUGUCCCCGAGGCCGAUCUCGAUUUCUAUGUGCAAGAUGCCCUCAACGAGAUCGAGUUCUUGACUGGCUCUGUUGAUACCGAGUACGGCGCUCUACGUGCCAAAGUUGGACACCCAAAACCCUGGACAAUUCGGUAUGUCGAGGUGGGAAAUGAAGAUAUGCUGAGCAGCGGUCUGGCAUCGUACGAGUCCUACCGGUUCUCGGCAUUCUACGAGGCUAUCACGGCCAAGUACCCCGAUAUCCAAGUCCUUGCGUCUACUAUCGAUAUCACGAUUCCUGGAAAUGCAGGUGGUGAUUACCAUUUGUACGAUGUUCCGGAUAAUUUCGUCAGCAAGUUCCACAUGUUCGAUAGUUAUACAUCCGAGCAUCCUAUUCUGCUUGGUGAGAUUGCCGUUACUGAGUCAAAUAACGGAGUUGGCAUUGACUGGAGCAACACUCAUUUCGGUCUGUAUCCUUGGUGGAUCGGCUCCGUUGCCGAGGCUGUGUUCCUUCUUGGUGCUGAGCGCAACGCAGACGCGAUUAUUGGAGCCACCUAUGCUCCCUUCUUGAUGAACUUGGACAGCUACCAAUGGUCCCCGACCAUCCUCUCGUUCAACUCCGAUCCCGACCAGACAGCUCGCUCCACUAGCUGGCACCUGUACACCCUGUUCAACCACAACCUCAUGACAAACACCCUCCCAUCCACUUCCUCCGACGACUUCGGUCCUCUGUACUAUGCAACAGGUCUGAAUAGCAAGACCAACUCGCACAUCUUCAAGGCAGCAGUAUACAACAGCACAUCCGAUGUGCCUGUAUCACUGACAUUCGAGGGUGUCGGCCGUGGCACCAAGGCAGACCUCACCAUCCUGACUGCGCCUGAUCCAUUUUCGGUGAACGAGGUGGGCGGGGCGAAUAUCGUCAACAGCAAGACUACCCAGAUUAAGGCUGGCAAGAAGGGCGAGUUCUCAUUCAAGCUACCGAAUCUGAGUAUUGCUGUGCUCACUACCAGUUAA